AUGAGGAAUCUAGGGUUAGUCCAAAUUACUCUGCUUUGCUUUCUCUUUGUCUACUUCCGUACGGAUUCUUUUGUCUCCUGUUUAAACUCUGAGGGUUUGGCUUUACUCUCGCUUCUCGAGCAUUUUGAUAAAGUCCCACUUGAAGUAGCUUCGACGUGGAAGAAGAACACAUCUGAAACCACUCCAUGUGGUAACUGGUUUGGUGUCAGUUGUGGUAGUUCUGGUAAUGUCGAGAUGCUUGAUUUGCCUGCUUCUGGGGUUUCAGGCCAAUUAGGUUCUAAAAUAGGGGAGCUUAAGAGCUUGGUGAUUCUGGAUCUAAGUAACAACAGUCUCUCUGGUGUAUUGCCUUCUAGUUUAAGGAACUGUACUUCACUUGAGUUUUUGGAUUUGUCUAACAAUGACUUUUCCGGAGACGUUCCUGAUAUCUUUGGUAGCUUGAAGAACUUGAAGAAUCUCUAUCUUGAUCGUAAUAAUCUUCGUGGUCUGAUUCCUCCAAGUGUUGGUCAAUUGGUAAAGCUCGUAGCUCUGAGUCUGACUCGUAAUGACUUGUCUGGUACCAUUCCCGAGUCGAUUGGGAACUGCAGUAAGCUGAAGUAUCUGGCUUUGAACGGGAACAAGUUAAACGGUUCUUUGCCUGUGAGUCUCAAUCUACUUGAGAAUCUUGGUGACUUGUUUGUCAAUAACAACAGUCUUGGAGGAAGGCUUCACUUCGGUUCUAGCAAUUGCAAGAAGUUGGUGAAUUUAGAUUUGUCUUACAACGGUUUCCAAGGUGGUGUUCCGCCUGAAAUUGGCAAUUGUAGUAGCCUUCGCUCUCUAGCCAUUAUCAACUGCAACUUAACAGGUACAAUACCAUCAUCCUUGGGUAUGUUGAACAAGGUUUUGUCUAUUGACCUUUCUGAUAACCAUCUCUCGGGUAGUAUCCCUCAAGAGCUCGGGAACUGCAGCAGAUUGGAAACCUUGAAGCUGAAUAACAACCAGCUCCAAGGCCAGAUACCUCAUGCAUUGGGAAAGCUAAAGAAGCUACAAAACCUGGAGCUUUUUGUGAAUAAGCUGUCCGGUGAGAUUCCUAUUAGCAUAUGGAAGAUUCAGAGUCUGACACAGGUACUCGUUUAUAACAACACUCUCACCGGGGAAUUACCAGUUGAAGUAACUCAGCUGAAGCACCUUAAGAAUCUUACACUGUUUAACAACAGCUUUUAUGGAGAGAUACCAAUGAGUUUGGGCAUGAAUCAAAGCUUAGAGGAGGUGGACCUUCUUGGUAACCGUUUUACAGGGGAGAUACCACCCUAUCUCUGCCAUGGACAGAAGUUGAGAAUUUUCGUCUUGGGUUCUAAUCAGCUUCAUGGUACGAUACCGGCGUCUAUUCGUCAGUGUAAGACCCUCGAGAGAGUCAGACUUGAAGAAAACAAGCUUACAGUUACAGGUGAGAUUCCAACCGCAUUGGGGGAUCUUAUCAAUCUUGAACGACUCAACAUAUCCAACAACAAGUUGACAGGGUCUUUAUCGGUUCUUCAAAGGCUUAAGUUUUUGGGUCAGGUUGACGUCUCGCAUAAUCAGUUCAAGGGUCCAAUACCGGCAAAUCUGAUAUCAAAUUCUUCAACGUUUUCUGGAAAUCCAGACCUCUGCAUUCAACCUCCUUACUCAGCAAGUGCCAUAACCCGCAACGAGUUAAAAUCUUGCAAAGGUCAAGCCAAACUUAGCACUUGGAAGAUCGCCCUUAUAGCAGCUGGAUCCUUUAUAUCUGUAUUGGCUUUGCUUUUUGCGCUGGUUUUGGUUUUCCGCUGCUGCAAAAGAGGAGCCAAGAAAGAAGAUGCUAAUAAUGUACUCGCCGAGGAAGAAGGUAUAUCCUUGUUGCUGAACAAAGUUCUUGCAGUCACUGACAAUCUAGAUGACAAGUACAUUAUUGGAAGAGGAGCCCAUGGAGUUGUUUACAGAGCCUCUUUAGGGUCAGGCGAAGAAUACGCUGUGAAGAAACUCAACUUUGCGGAACACGUACGCGCAAACCAAAAUAUGAAGAGGGAGAUUGAAACAAUCGGGCUAGUCAGGCACAGAAAUCUCAUUCGGUUAGAAAGAUUUUGGAUGAGGAAAGAAGAUGGCUUAAUGCUGUAUCAGUACAUGCCAAAUGGAAGCCUGCAUGACGUUUUGCACAGGCGUAAUCAAGGAGAAGCCAUUCUUGACUGGUCUGCACGGUUCAACAUAGCCCUUGGGAUUGCACACGGACUGGCUUAUCUACACCAUGAUUGUCAUCCACCAAUCAUUCACCGCGACAUCAAACCAGAGAACAUACUGAUGGACUUGGAUAUGGAGCCUCAUAUUGGAGAUUUUGGAUUGUCUCGGAUUCUAGAUGACUCAACGGUUUCAACUGCCACCGUUACAGGCACCACCGGGUACAUUGCACCAGAAAAUGCUUACAAGACAGUGAGGAGCAAGGAAUCAGAUGUUUACAGUUAUGGAGUUGUUUUGCUCGAGCUGGUAACAGGAAAGAGAGCAGUGGACAGAUCUUUCCCGGAGGAUACCAAUAUCGUGAGCUGGGUCAGAUCUGUAUUAAGUAGCUACGAAGAUGACGAUGAUACUGCUGGUCCAAUCGUUGAUCCAACACUUGUGGAUGAGCUUCUGGAUACGAAGCUUAGGGAACAAGCAAUCCAAGUUACAGACUUGGCUCUAAGGUGCACAGACAAGAGGCCGGAGAACAGACCAUCCAUGAGAGAUGUGGUGAAACUUUUGACUGAUUUAAAAGAUUUUGUAAGAAGCACUUCAGGUUCAGAUCAGUAGUAUUGGAUUUUGCAUGUUCAUAGUUUACUGUUCUUUGAGAUUCAUUGCUGAAACAGAAGGGACAUAUGUAUGAAGGUUUAGAAACAAGCUGCCAGGCCACUAAUAUAAAUGUAACUAUCAUUGAGAAAAUAUGAGAAACAUAUACUGUAUAUUA